AUGCACCAAGAAGUCAAAUACGAUGAGCACCAGGAGGCUAGAAACUGGCAUUUGACUAGCACCGGUGUUGGUCACCAUUACAGACCUGGGUAUUUCUUUCCGGAUUCCGAGUUUAAGACCUUGCUGAGAGAUCCUCUUCCCCCAAAAUUGGCAGCAGAAGAUGAAGUGACCAAGGAUAAACCCUUCUUGACAACCAAGGAAUACUUCCAUGAUAGGAAGUUCCCAGGCCUUUUGUAUAGUAACUCACUGCACAAGAAAGCUCCAGGACACUGGAAUGUUGAUUAUAUAAAGGAUCUUGCUGAAAAGCUAGGUCAACGUGGAGGCCGCCGGCCACUGACCAUGGGCAACCAGCAGAGCGAGAUGAAAGACCAGUAUCAAGCUAAACCACCAGAAGUCAGGGAGAAAUACAACUUUGAGGAUGUAUACAGUCCACUCAAUUUCACACUUCAGGAGCACUUUAAGGCGGAAGCACCCAGCAUCCAGAAUCCCAAAAUUAGGCAGAGACCUUUCCUUUUAAAGAACAAAGGUGUUCUCAACAGGCUGGACCCUUACUUAAGUGUAACCCACAGAGAUUACCCCCUAUUUUCUCCAUCGGAACUAAGUGCUUAUGCCAAGAAAGAUGUCCCAGCCAACAUGGGGCAGGGGCUUCAGUGCAAGUCACUUCCCAUGAGAGAUGAGGUUGUUUUCCACGAUGCUACUACAAUUCCACGGCUGCCUAAAGCAAAUGUGCCAGUGCCUCAUGGAGGCUUAAAAACUUUGUAUACAGACUCCUAUCAGGCUCCAUCCCAUGUCAACAUGAAAGAGAACUACUACUGCCCUGUGGACACCCCGUUCAGACUGCCGGACCCUGGGAGCAAAUCUGUCUACACCGCCCCCAAAAUGUACAACACCGAGUAUCAAAACAUCGGCAGCAGAAAGCCAGUCACUGUGUCAAAGUAG